AUGAACGCGCACGCUGCAAACGAUUGCUCCCCAUUACCUCUUCCCGCCUCCCCGUUUCCCCUUCCCGCCUCCCCAAUUCCCCUUCCCGACACCCCAUUUCCUCUUCCCGCUCCCCACUACCCCUUCGCGCCUCCUCGUUUCCCCUUCCCGCUCCCCAUUACCCCUUCCUGCCUCUGCAAUUCCCCUUCCCGCCACCCCAUUUCCUCUUCUCGCUCCCCAUUAUCCCUUCCCGCCUCCUCGUUUCCCCUUCCCGCUCCCCAUUACCCUUUCCCGCCUCCCCAAUUCCCCUUCCCGCUCCCCAUUACCCCUUCCCGCCUCCCCAAUUCCCCUUCCCGCUCCCCAUUACCCCUUCUCGCCUCCCCAAUUCCCCUUCCCGCUCCCCACUACCCCUUCCCUCCUCCCCGUGACCCCUUCCCGCUUCCCCAUUACCCCUUCCCACUCCCCAUUUCCCCUUCCCGCCUCCCCAAUUCCCCUUCCCGCCUCCCCGCUUCCCCUUCCCACUCCCGAUUAUCCCUUCUCGCCUCCCUUCUCAAACUGCCGAACACACAUCACAGUCGCCGCCCGAUCGCACAGCCUCGCUACCACCCCCUCAUCCCCCCCUUUCUCCCUCUCAUCUCCCCCCCUGCUCCCUGUCAUGUCCCCACCUUCUCUCUCUCAUGUCACCCCCUUCUCCCGCUCAUUCCCCCCCAUUCUCCCUCUCAUUUCUUCCCCUUCCCCCUCUUAUAUCUCCCCCUACUCCCUCUCAUUCCCCCCAUGAAGCCCCUCAUUCCCCCCCUUUCUCCCUCUCAUCCUCCCCCCUGCUCACUGUUAUGUCCCCCCUUCUCUCGCUCAUUUAAAUGCCACAUAACCUCCCUCUCAUUUCCCCGCAUUCCCCCCCCCUUCCCCCUCUCGUUUCCCCCCAUCUCCCUCUCCUUUCCCCACGUGCUCCUUCUCAUUCCCCCCCCCUUCUCCAUCUCGUUUCCCCCCCGCUCAUUUCCCCCCAUCUCCUUUCAUUUUCCCCCCUUCUCCCUCUCAUAUGCUUCUAACCCCUACCUCCCUCUUCCCGCCCUCACUUCAAUGAUCCCCUUCCCACACCUCUCCAACCCCUCGCCCCACCUCAUCACUCCCUACUCUCACCUCUCACUGCCUCAAUCCCUCCCCUUCCGCUCACCUCGUCUUUCCCUCCCCUCUGCUCAGCCCCCACCUGUCCGCCCGUCCUCUCACCUGCCCGUCCGUGCUCUCACCCCCCACUUGCCCGUCCGUGCUCUCACCCCCCACCUGCCCGCCAGUGUGCGCACUCACCUGCCCGCCAAUGUGCGCACUCACCUGCCCGCCAGUGUGCGCACUCACCUGCCCGCCAGCGUGCGCACUCACCUGGCCGCGCCAAGACACGAGGUGCAGGUGACCGCUGGACAGCCCCAGAAGAAUGUGAUCCUCGUCUGCCACCAUGUAGUUGCUGCCCGGGGGUGA